AUGGUUGACGACGGACAGAAAGAGAAAGUUGGCGACGACAAUCCAGCAGCGAGCUCCUGCGUGAGAGACUUCGCGUCCGCGGAGCAAGGACUCGCUCAGCCCGCCAAACCAACCAUUCCACCAGAAGAGGGUUUGCGCGGCUGGCUCACCUGCAUCGGAGCAUUCUUCGGCGUCUUUGCAUCAUUUGGUGUUUUGAAUGUGAUUGGCAUCUUCCAAAUCACCUACCAGGAAGGCUACCUCAGAAACUACUCUCCCUCCGACAUCACCUGGAUCUUCGCCCUCCAGAUCUGUCUCAUGUGGAGUCCAGGACCGCUCUUUGGACGCAUCAUCGACACCUACGGUCCGCUGCCACUCCUCAUUCCCGGAGCGAUCCUUGAGGUUCUUGGCCUCUGCAUGACCAGUCUGAGUCGGACGUACUACCAGAUUUUCCUGGCGCAGGGAUUGUGCUUCGGCCUUGGAGCCGGGGCGAUCUUCAGCGCCUGUUUCGUUUGUACCGGGCAGUGGUUCGUCAAAAGAAGAGGAUUGGCCGUUGGAAUCGCAGCCGCUGGCUCUGGUCUUGGUGGGGUCAUACUUCCGCCAUUCUUCUUGAAUGUCAGAAGCGCCGUCGGCUUCAAUGGAGCACUGCGAUACCUCGCUCUGUUCAUUGGCCUUCUGCUUUUAGUAUGCAUCGCCUUGGUCCGCAGUCGUCUCCCGAAGAAGAAGUGGGACGUCAAGACCAAGUGGUUCGACUUUGGUCUCUUCCGAGAGAAGACGUUCGCAUUGUUCACCAUUGGCGCGUUCUUUGGAAUGUGGGGCCUCUGGGCGCCGUUCGACUUUCUCACAUCCAGUGCCGUCGCCAGCGGGUUUUCCACCGAUCUUGCCAUCUAUCUGAUUUCCCUGGUGAAUUCGACGUCCGUUUUCGGUCGCGUUCUCCCUCCGUAUCUAGGGGACAAAUUCGGCUACUUCAACAUGGUGACCCUCUCGGCAUUCGCAUCGGCCAUAGCGAUUCUGUGUCUUUGGCUGCCCUUCGACUUUCACCACUCCCACGCUGGCUUAAUGGUAUUCGGACUCGUGUACGGCUUUCCCAGCGGCGCGUGGGUGAGUCUGCUCAUGCCGUGCAUUGCAAAGACUGGCGAGCUUGCCACGCUCGGACAGCGCUUUGGCACUUUUCAACUCGUUGUCGGACUCGGCACACUCACAGGGCUGCCGAUCCAGGGUGCCAUCCUGGCAAGGCAAGGAGGUGAUAUCUAUUGGGGAUUGCAGAUGUUUGCAUUCCUCAGUUUACUCAUCUCUGCUGUACUGAGUACGUGCACAAUCUUUAUUUUGCGAAGGGAGAGGGGAACAUGGAAGGUGUAG